UUUACUGAAAAAAAGCUGCCUCUUGUCUCUCUCUGUCCAAGUUUCUUAACUUUCUUUAAUGAUCACUUCACCAUUUAAAAGUUGGAGCACCCAACAAGGAAAACAUAUUCUGGACCUUAUUCUGAACAACAGAGGAAAUAGUUCCUGGGGCAGAUAUUGAUUGGAACUUCAAGGAGGCAGAAGAGCAGGAGGAAGUAUAUGAUGCCACCACAAGGUUUUGGGCGAAGAUAUAUGAAGGCCUUUUUGAAAGGUUUCUUUGUUGCUGUGCCUGUAACAGUAACCUUCUUAGAUCAAGUGGCCUGUGUAGCAAGAGUGGAAGGAGCUUCAAUGCAGCCUUCUUUGAAUCCUGGGGGGAGCCAGUCAUCUGAUGUAGUACUUUUGAACCACUGGAAAGUUAGGAAUUAUGAAGUGCAGCGUGGUGAUAUCGUGUCGUUGAUAUCUCCCAAAAACCCAGAGCAGAAGAUCAUUAAACGAGUGAUUGCUCUGGAGGGAGACAUUAUCAAAACAAUUGGACAUAAGAAUAGGUAUGUUAAAGUCCCCCGUGGCCACAUGUGGGUAGAAGGUGAUCAUCAUGGACACAGCUUUGAUAGUAAUGCUUUUGGACCGGUUUCCCUUGGACUUCUCCAUGCCCAUGCCACUCAUAUUCUGUGGCCUCCAGAACGCUGGCAACGUUUGGAGUCCAUUCUCCCUCCAGAGCGUGCACCAGUUCAGAUGGAAGAGAAGUGACCUCAAGUCUGCAUGGCCACUUUAACUUAGGAAGACAAUCUUAAAAAAAAAAAAAAAGAAGGUGGGGAAGAGAGAAACCUAAAACACCAAGUAUUGGUUGAAGCUGCAAAAGGAGUAUUCAUCUAUCCUGUGGUUUCACAUUGAAGCAAAAAAAAUCUUUCAGAUGAAACAAUUAUAUGGUAUACGGUAUUUUGUCUGAAGUACUUAUAUGAAGCAUAAAUGUCCUUAUUGUAAGAUACCAAAAAAGAAAAUUGCAGGCCAAUGCGACUGUUUCAGUGGCCUCUCUAUAUGUCAUGGUAGGUUUGAAUUGUUGGUAUACUUGUUUCUCAAUCUGUCAAUUGUUGAUUUUUUAAAAGUUUGGGUUCUGGCUGCUGAAAGAUCCUAAACCUAAUGUUAAGCUUGAUGAAAACAUGUUUACCUAGCAAAUAGUUCUUGCAUUAUUCAGCUUGCAUGUGAAGAAACUGCCACAGAUACAAUGUGAUUUUAAUUGUCAACAUUGAGCGGUUAGAAAACAAUUAGUGAACUUUCAUAAAUGAUGAUUUAUUCUUUAAAAAGAAAAAUCCAGUGUGCUAUGUUGUAAGGAAGAAAACAUAUAUUUGGAAAUAAAUGUGAUGUAAAAAAGAUAUUAAAAUAAUAUUUAAAAAAAUAAAUGUACACAAAAAGGAA